AAAUGAACGCUGGAUGUCAGCUGUCUGUACACACCUGACAUCAUGGAGAAAGUCAUCAUUUGCAGCAUUGUCGCUCUGAUAUCACUAGUUCUCGCUGCAGGAUCUGGGUUAGACAAAUCAAGUACACUGGAAUCCGUGAUUGCCCGACUGGAGACUGUGGAGCGUCAUAUUCUGGCUUUCAACGAUAGACCAACUCGUAGCAAAAAGUCCAACCCAGACGAGCAGACAGAUGGUGGAAAAAUGAACGCCAGACUCCAGGCUGUGGAACGUCAGCUUUUGGCAUUCAAAUCAACACCAUUGGAAAGAAGAACCCCGUGCACAUCCAAUAGAUCCCUUGAGUUUGUUUCGUACCAAGUGAAGGCAAAGGCACUACCAACCAUUGUCCAGAAUCAAGAGGUUCUCAAAUUUGACACAGUCACAGACAACAAUGGCGGAGGGUACCAUGCUACUUCCGGUAUAUUUGAAGCUCCCGUGUCCGGCACCUACCUCUUCUGGGCCAACAUCAUGAGCUACGACAGGGGGGCCCUCUUUAUUGCGCUGAUCAAAGAAGGUGUGCGUCUUUUCACUGGAUUUAGUUCGAGAGAACUUCAAUUUGGCAUUGCGACUCUUAACUACAUAGUCAAUGUCAACAAGGGGGAGAAAAUCUGGUUCACAAAACCUCGUGAAACAUUGAACAUCUAUGGUAACUACUUCUCGAACUAUGGAGGAGUCCUCCUUCAUGCUCGCUAAGCUCCCACAGCAAAUGACACGAACGAGCUAAAUUCACAUUCAUUAAAAAGUUUGGUAAUAUAUCUAUCUUGAAUAUGCUCAUGCGUAUUGAAUGUAAACCUAGCAUCAAACUGAUGUACCUGUUACUAAAUAAAUGGUAUGUUCAUUAAAA